AUGGUAGAGGGUCUCCAGUUCCAGAGCUUUUGCUUGCUGUCACAGGUAUGCCACAGAUGGGAUGUUGUCCAGAAACAUUUUGCCAACAUUUGUCAUGCUCAGUUUCAGUACUUUUAUGAGUACUUGGGAAAUACCCCUUGGCAAGUUAUUACAUCUUUGACUGACAGGUGUCCUAUUACUCCAGCCCCGGCUGUCCACCUAGCAGUGAGUGGUGCUCCUGCAGGACCAGCUGGCACAGAGAAGACGGAGACCAUGGAAGAUUUAGGCUGUGCCCUUGGUAUGACAGUGAAAAAUUUCAUCUAUUCGGAAUACAUGGAUGACGAGGAAAAUAUGUUAAAUAUUUUAAUUUUAUCUGUAGGGAAUAUCUCUAAAGGUUUGGUCCAGCCAGGCUUUGAAGAAUUCAAUCAUCUCUUGGUAGAAGUCUAGUCAAUAGUGGCAGUACAAAAAAAGCCUAUCCACAAUAAAAUUAGGAAGAAAAAGAAAUUUGUAUUUCUUAGUGACAACAUUACACUGAAAUCCAGAGGAAUAUUUAUUACUAUGAUCCCUACAUGUGCAGGUCAGACAGAACUAUAUGAGAACCUUUGAACCUGUGCCAUGGUUGUCCCUGACAUUGAACUGGUCUCUGAAAUGAUGUUGGCUGCUGAAGGGUUUAUUGGUGCCUGUUUGUUAGCCAGGAAGUUCAUCACCUACUAACCUCUCUGCAGGGAGCUGCUGCCUGAACAGGGUUGUUAUGACUGGGGUCUUCAUGCUAUCAAGGCAGUUUUGGUAAUUUCUGGGUCCCUGAAACAAGGAGACAAGAGCAGACCUGAGGACCAUGUGCUUAUGUGAGUCUUAAGAGACUUCAAUUUGCAUAAAAUAGUGACAGAUGAUAUCCCAAUUUUCACAGGCGUGAUCAGUGACCUGUUUCCAUCUCUGGAUGUUCUGAGGAUGGGGAACCUACAGUCUGAGCAGAUGGUUAAACAAUCUACCCUGGAGCUGUACUUGCAGCCAGAAGAGAACUUUAUUCUCAAAGAUGUCAGCUGGAGGAGCAGCCGGCAGUGUGUCACUCUGUUGGUGGAAUUGCAGGGAAUGGAGAGGGUAAGGAACGGGCCCAAGGACAGAAGCUGGAAAGCCACAAAACUCUUUAUAGGAAAGGUUGAUGACUCUUUGCAAGAUUUAAUCAGCUAUGAUAAGGAGCAUAUCUCUCAGCAUUUUCUGAAGGUCGCCAAGGAACAUUACUUGAAGGAUCCAGACUUCAACCCAAAUUAUGUUCAUACAGAAUCCUUUGCAGCAGCUGGUCUCUGUUCCUGGGCCAUCACUAUGGUAAAAAUCAGUGAGGAUGUGUAUUGUGAGAGAGAACCAAAAUGUUGUGCACUGGCUCAGGCUAACACUGAAUUAGCAGCAGCUACAGGAAAGCUAGAAGUCAUCAGGAAAAAGCUUCUUUAUUAUGUAAUGUGGACCCCUGGCCUAUGCAACCUGUUCCACCUGGUUCAUGUCAGGCUUUUUAAAGUGGACCUUCUAUAUUCCUCUUUUGCAACAAAAGACUUUGAGACUUCUGUUGAGAAUUCUGUGUCUGUCUUCCCAACACUGAAUGUGCCUGUGAGCGGUUGGCACCCAGCAGGCAUGGCUGUGAGAUGUGACAGCCCCCCAGUGAAGGGGCGCUCACACGAGAGCUUUGCUGCUGCUGCUGCCCACAGGGAGCUCCCUGGCUGCCUCUGCCCCCGGAGAUGGCCCCAUUCUCUGCCUUUUGAGGAAGGCCUGGACCCGAUUGCCACGUUGAGGGAUGAUGCUACGGCUGUGGCAUGGAGUAACGAGGGCGAUAGAAUGGCAACAAAAAACACCACUGCUCUAACAAACUGUGAGUGCUGACCUCUGAUGAUAGAUCCCCAGCAAGAGGGAAUUAAAUGGGAAAAGAAUAGAUAUGGAGCUGGCCUUAAAGUCGUAAGUCUAGGACAGAAAGGAUAUGUGCAUGAUGAAGAAUUGGCUUUUGUGUUUACUGCCUUCAAGCUUUUGAUGAGACUGUACGAAUUGAAAAUAUGUGUGACUAUUGAUGCCAUACUUGAUCCUCUGCUUGGAAGACAUACAGUUAAAAAGGGAAGGUACGUCAAGACUGAAGACAAAAAAUGUGAAUUCAAAAAGAAUUUUCAUCUCAUCCUUCACACUAAACUGGCUAACCCUCACUACAAGCCACAACUGCAGGCUCAGACCACCUUCAUUAAUUUCACUGUCACCAGGGGCAGGCUGGAAAACCAGCUGUUUGCUGAGGUUGUUAAUGCAAGACUCACAAAAAACAUAAGGACAGCUGUCACCAUUCAGGUAGCUGAAGCCAAGGAAAAUGGAGCUCAGGAUGACACCACAAGAGAGCAUUACAGACUGACAGCUGGAAGAGCAUCCGCUCCUUACUCCGGGAGUGUCAGCCUGGGCAGUGUCAACCCCACCUACCAGCUCCCACUGAAGGCAAAAAUGUCUCUUGCCAAGUUUUUUUUUCAAAGUGCAAGAAACGGAGUUCUGCCUCCAGCAGUGAUGAUACAUUGGUUAUUGCUUGUGCCAGAUGUUUGCAUUGGCAGGGCUGCGAGUCGGAGGAAAGAGAAAACGAUGAGAUCUCCUGCUGCUCUGAACCACAGUGCAUCCCCACGGGUCUCUUUGUUGGCUGCUUCCAUUCUGACUGUGCUUUCUGACUGUGAUUGCGAAAGUUUACCUUCCUUCUGUUAAGCCAUCCCACAGAGCCAGGAAGGAAGACUUUGGAGGAAUUCUGUGCAAACAAUUCCCCAUCGUAAACCUACCAAAUGAUCUAAUGCAGUGAGUAAGGGAGAUCACCCACUCUAAAAUUACCAGCUUGUUCAAGUGAGAGAGUCUCCAUGCUGAGUUAAAUAAGGAAGCAGAAGAGUAUUGCUGUUUGCAGCUCUCACCCCUCGUUUGCUGAAAAUUUCCUUUAAAAGCCUCUUUUCAGCCUCUUGCAUUUUUCACUGCUUGGG